AGACGCUUCGCAGUGAGGCACUCUGGGAAAUUUGCUGCUUACAGAAAUGAAGCGUGUCUUCAGUCUCUCAGAAAAAGCUUGGACUGGAUCAUGUUUGCAGUACAAGUGGCAGAAGACUUUGGGGAAUUAUCUCGCCGUUGCUGGGCUCGACAACUCUGUCAAGAUAUUCGACCGUCAUGGACAGAAGAUGAACGAACUUAGUCUCCCUGGGAGAUGUGUGUCUCUGGACUGGGAUAAAGAUGGUGACACCCUGGCCGUAAUUGCAGAAAAAUCCAGUUUCAUUCAUCUAUGGGAUGCCAACAUAAAUAAGACAUUACAGCUGGACAGUGGCUUGAGGGAUCAGCUGUCUUUUCUUCUCUGGUCCAAAACUGGCCCCCUUUUGGCAGUCGGUACCUCUAAAGGAAACCUGCUCAUCUACAACCAGCAAACCUCUCGCAAGAUCCCUGUGCUAGGAAAGCACACAAAACGGAUUACAUGCGGAUGCUGGAGUUCCCAAAACCUCUUGGCUCUGGGCAGUGAGGAUCGCAAUAUAACAGUCAGCAACCACGAAGGAGACACCAUUCGACAGACCUCUGUUCGGGCAGAUCCUGCAGAUAUUCAGUUCUCUGUGAUGAAAACAGAUGAGAGGUCAUUACCAGGAGAAAGCACCGUGAGUGUGGCGGUGGGAAAGAAGACCCUGUUCCUGUUUAACUUGAACGACCCUGACAAUCCCAUAGAGCUGGCCUUCCAGCAGCGCUAUGGCAACAUCAUCUCCUACCGCUGGUAUGGGGACGGCUACAUAAUGAUUGGCUUUUCCCUCGGCUACUUUGUGGUCAUCUCCACGCAUAUCCGUGAGAUCGGCCAGGAGCUCUUCCAGGCUCACAACCACAAAGACAACCUGACCAGCAUCGCCAUCUCCCAGACCCUCAAUAAAGCGGCAUCAUGUGGCGAUAACUGUGUGAAGAUCCAUGACCUGACUGACCUGAAGGAGAUGGACGCCAUCGUCACACUGGAGGAGGAGGCCAGAGGCCUAGAUCAGAUCAGCUGGACGGACGAUGGUCAGUUACUGGCCGUGUCGUCGCAGCAGGGCACCCUGCACGUCUACCUCACCCGCCUGCCCAUCCUGGGGGGUGGCUGGGGCACGCGCAUUGCCUACCUCACCUCCCUGCUGGAGGUGACUGUGGCCAAUCAGGUGGAUGGGGAAGCGACUGUUGCCGUGGCUGUGGAGGUGGAGCCCAAUUUCAUUGCCGUGGGGCCGUACCAUGUUGCUGUGGGGAUGAACAACAGGGCGUGGUUUUAUGCUUUGGGGGACAGUGGUGUGGAACGUCUUAAAGACAUGGAGUAUCUAGGGACAGUGACCAGUAUGUGUCUGAACUGUGACUAUGCAGCUGCAUUGUUUGAGGGAAAAGUUCAGCUGCAUGUGAUUGAGAGUGAGGAUCAGGUUGUUCGGGAGGACAGGCAGACAAAGCUGUUCCCAGAUCCAGACCAGAAAUAUCGCAUCCUGAGCCAUGCUCUCACCACAGAGUUCCUCUUCUACGGAACAGACACUGGUCUCAUUCAGUGUUUCUACACUGAGGACUGGCAGAGCGUGAACGAGUAUCGCCACCCGGUGGGCGUGCGUAAAGUUUUCCCCGACCCCAAUGGCACCCGCCUCGUCUUCAUUGACGACAAGAGUGAUGGCUUCCUUUACUGCCCAGUGGAUGACUCUCUGCUCGAGCUGCCCGACUUCCCCCCUACCGUGACGGGUGUGCUAUGGGAGCACUGGCCCGGUGACAAGGCCGUGUUCGUGGCCUUUGACGAGGACAAAGUUUACACCUAUGCCUUCCACAAGGACACCAUCCAGGGCCCUAAGGUCAUUCUGGUGGGAGCCACCAAGCUACCAUUUUCCCACAAGCCCUUGCUUCUCUAUAAUGGCGAGCUGACAUGCCAGACCCAGAGCGGGAAGACGAGCGGCGUUGUGCUUAACACACACUCCUUCCUCAGCACAACACAUACCAACUCAAGUAGAGAGCACCUCCAGACACUGCUUCAGCAAGCCAUCAAACUCAAGAGGUUCUCAGAGGCAUGGUCCAUGUGUAAGGCACUGGGUAGUGCCGAAGCAUGGGGGGAGCUUGGUAGGGCAUGUCUCCACCACAUGGAGGUGGAGCUCGCCAUCAGAGUGUACCGCAACAUGGGCAACGUCGGCAUGGUGCUGUCCCUGGAGGACAUCAAGGGGAAAGAGGAUCAGAAUUUGCUGGCAGGGCACCUGGCCAUGUUUUUAAAUGACUAUAACCAAGCUCAAGACUUUUACCUAGCUUCUUCAUAUCCUAUGGCUGCACUGGAGAUGAGAAGAGACCUCCAGCACUGGGACAGUGCCUUGCAGUUGGCUAAGCGUCUACAGCCUGAUGAAAUCCCUUUCAUAUCUAAAGAAUACGCCAUACAGCUGGAGUUUGUUGGAGAUUACACAAACGCACUUGCUCACUAUGAGAAGGGCAUAACGGGGGACAAUAAGUUCCAGGAGCAUGACGAGAGCUGUCUGGCCGGAGUGGCCCGCAUGUCCAUCCGGAUGGGGGACAUCCGAAGAGGAGCCAACCAGGCCAUCAAGCACCCAAGCAGAGCCCUGAAGAAAGACUGUGGUGUCAUUCUCGAGAGUAUGAAGCAAUACUCGGAGGCGGCCCAGCUCUAUGAGAAGGGCCAGUACUACGAUAAGGCUGCUUCCGUCUACAUCCGUUGCAAGAACUGGGCAAAGGUUGGGGAGCUGCUGCACCACGUGAACUCGCCCAAGAUUCACUUGCAGUAUGCCAAGGCCAAGGAGGCGGAUGGGAAGUACAAGGAGGCGGUGCAGGCCUACGAGAGCGCCCGCGACUGGGACAACGUGAUUCGCAUCCAACUGGAGCACCUGAGCAGCCCAGAGGAAGCUGUCCGCAUAGUCCGGGAAACCCAGUCCGUCGAUGGAGCCAAGAUGGUGGCCAGGUUCUUUUUGCGCCUAGGUGACUAUGCCUCGGCCAUCCAGUUCCUGGUGCUGUCGCAGUGCGGUGACGAGGCCUUCCAGCUGGCCCAGCGCCACGGCCAGAUGGAGGUCUACGCCGACAUCAUGGGAUCCGAGGCCAGUGUAGAGGACUACCAGAGCAUUGCUCUGUAUUUUGAGGGGGAGAAGAAGCACCUGCAGGCUGGAAAGUUUUUCCGGAAGUGUGGCCAGUACAGCCGGGCACUGAAACACUUUCUGAAGUGUCCCAACACUGAUGAUAAUUUGGCUAUAGAAAUGGCCAUUGAGACGGUAGGAGAAGCCAAGGAUGACGCUCUGACCAAUCAGCUUAUCGAUUACCUGAUGGGAGAGAGUGAUGGGAUGCCAAAGGAUGCUAAGUAUCUAUUUCGAUUGUACAUGGCACUCAAACAGUACAGGGAGAGCGCCAGGACCGCCAUCAUCAUCGCCCGAGAGGAGCAGUCAGCAGGUAACUACAGGAAUGCCCAUGAUGUCUUGUUUAGUAUGUACAUGGAGCUUCAAACACAGAAAAUCAAGAUACCAGCAGAGAUGGCCACCAACCUGAUGAUACUGCACAGCUACAUACUGGUGAAGAUCCACGUGAAGAGAGGAGACCAUCUAAAAGGGGCACGCAUGCUGAUCCGAGUCUCUAACAACAUCAGCAAAUUCCCAUCACACAUCGUUCCCAUCCUGACAUCGGCCGUGAUCGAGUGCCAUCGUGCCGGGUUGAAGAACUCAUCGUUCAGCUUUGCGGCAAUGUUGAUGAGACCCGAGUACCGCAGCAAAAUUGAUCCUAAAUACAAGAAGAAGAUUGAGGCCAUGGUCCGCCGCCCAGACACGUCCGAGGUGGAGGAGGAGAGUUCGCCGUGCCCCUACUGUGGCUUCAGCCUGCCUGAGAGUGAGCUGCUCUGUUCCAGCUGUAAGAACAACCUCCCCUACUGUGUAGCGACGGGCCGUCAUAUGGUCAAGGAGGACUGGUGUGUGUGUCCUCACUGCCAGUUCCCUGCUCUGUUCUCUCAGUUUACACAGCUCUUGGAGACAGAGUCAAUGUGUCCCAUGUGCUCUGAGAGCGUGAGCACAAGCCAGCUAAAGAAGAUCACUGACUGCUCCAGGUACCUGCAGCAAGACCAGCUUGAGCUCUGACACACACAGGAGACAGCCUCAAGGAGAUAAUCAUGUUUUUGAGCUCACAACAGACGAAAUCAGACUUGUAUGUUUCUAAUGAGUCUCCUCAACACUUUUUACCCUGUGAUUCAUUCUUUCCAGGUGAUUUUUUUUUUUUUUUGGAAGAGGUGAGCAGUGGCCUCAGGUGCUAUCUGAAUUGUUUUCCAGUUUUCUCUAUUUUCAGAUCCACAUAGUUUAAGUUCUGGCACCCUUCAUAUUCACUGAACAAUGUAUUGACAUUUAUCAUCUGUCAUAUUGAUUGAGCUUUAAAGACAACAUGUGCAGCUCCAGCACAUACAUAAAAUAUACAUGUAUAUGACCACUUUUGUAAAUAUGUCCAUUUUGUUUGUUUGUUUUUUAUUUAUCCUGGAAAAUGAUUAAAGAAAAUUUGGUUGAUAAUUGUGAUAUUGUAACUUUAAUGCCCAUCUUAAGCAGUUACUUUCUUCAUUAACAGAAUAAGCAUUUAGCUUAGUCUUUUCCAUGAUCCUGGCGAACAGGUUCUCUAACCAUAUUUUCAUACACCUUUACCCCGUCGGUUUAGUCAUUUUCAGUUUAUUCUUACUUUUAAACACCAGAGGGCAGCAUUCAGAUAAAGCAUAUGGCUGGUAUCCUUAAUGAUAGGUUCAUGGAUAAUGUAGUUAUUCAACGUGUCAAGAAAGGCCGUGUGUAGAAGAUAAAAAUGUUGCUUUGAAAAUUUUAGAUUUAAACAUGCUCUUUAACAGAUGACUUUCAGAUGUUAAAUGCGAUUAUUAUCCACAGCAAAAACAGUGCUCAGAAUAACAAUAAUUUCUGUCAUGU